GUAAACCGUCCUAUGGCACACGCCAUGUUUUAUAGAGUGGGUAGAUAGAUCUGAGCACGAUUAACUAUGGAUCCCCAUAGCAGUGCCCAGGAUGUACACCGAUGUGACCUUUGUGAGACCGCCAUAGUACACAGCUAUUGUGACUUUUGUCAUGUCAACCUAUGCAAGCCCUGCAUUGGAGAUCACAUCUCAGAUGGAUAUCAUAAACAUAUCAUUGUCCCUUUCCAGGAACGAAGAUCAACCCUCAUUUAUCCGAAAUGUGAAACACAUCCACACAAAAUGUGCGAAUUGCAGUGCAAAGAUUGUAAUAACAUUUCGAUUUGUUCCUUUUGUACUGCAUCUGAACAACACAGGGGGCAUAUUUUCGUACAAAUAUCAACUGUGUACAAGGCACAGAAAGAGACUAUUGAAAAGGAUACAGAAGAGUUAGUAAACACUUUAUGUCCUACAUAUGAGGAAAUUGCACGCGACUUGGAAAAUCAGCUUGCCAACCUGGAUGGAGGAUAUGAGAAACUUACAUCAGCUAUGUCCAAACAAGGAGAGCAAUGGCACAGAGAAAUCGACAUCGUUAUCAAAAAAAUGAAAACUGAAAUAAGCGAGAUUAAAGUAAAACACAGAGACAUUUUACAGAAACAUUUGAAUGAAAUAAAACAGAUACAGUCCCUCAUAAAGCAAACGCUAAGUGCCAUAAACGAAAUAGAGAAAUCUACCGAAGUAUCUCCAACCAUUGCAUACAGUUCUAAAAUCAGAGAAUUCAGCAAGCUUCCACCCAAGAUUCAGGUAUCACUGCCAACAUUUAUUCCAAAACCAAUAGACCGUGAAAAGUUGUAUAGUUUGUUUGGACAGAUAACCCCAUUAUCUACUGCAACAGAAGAAAAUGUCUAUUCACUUAUCCAAUCCAAAACUUCAGUCAAAGAAAUACUGGAUGAACCAGAGAUUGUUGCCACAAUACAGACUGGGUAUGAACAACUACGCAGUGUUACCUGUCUAAAUGAUGGUAGUAUAUGGACGAGCGGAAAGACCAAUGAUAUCAAAUGCUUCAACAGUAAAGGGUCACUCCUCCAGACAGUCAAACAAAAAUCAGGUAAAUUUCCUGGUGAUAUAGCUGUAGACAGUAAUGGGGAUCUACUGUAUACUAGUGGGAUAUCAUGGACAGUGUAUAAAGUAAAGAAUGUACAGACUGAAGAGUUGAUCAGAUUACAGGGGUGGAGGCCUUGUAAGCUGUGUGUCACCUCUACUGGUGAUCUCCUGGUUACCAUGUUCAGUGAUGAUAAAACUCAAUCCAAAGUUGUCCGUUACUCGGGAUCUACAGAAAAACAAACCAUUCAAUUUGAUGAUGAAGGUAAACCUCUGUACUCGUGGAAUGAUAAAAUAAAAUACAUCACAGAGAACAGAAACCAUGACAUCUGUGUAGCUGACCGUGAGGCUCGUGCAGUAGUGGUGGUUAAUCAGGACGGGAAACUCAGAUGGAGAUACACCAGUCAUCCCUCAGUUACCAAGAACAAACCAUUUAAACCCUAUGGUAUUACAACAGACAGCCAGAGUCGUAUCCUGACAGCAGACAGUGACAACCAUUGUAUCCACAUUCUGGAUCAGAAUGGACAGUUUCUCUGUUACAUUGAUAACUGUGAUCUGGAGUAUCCAAUUGGUUUAUUUGUGGACAACAAUGACAAUCUGUUUGUGUGUGAAUAUUUCAAAGGUAAUGUUAAGAAAAUCAAAUAUUUGAAAUAGACACUGUCGUUUGUGACAAUGAUAUCAGUUAAAAAUGCUUAAAUUUUUUUAACUAUUCAGUAACAUACAGUACGAGUUUUAUAUCGUGAUACUUACAUAGAAAAAAAUUUGAUCAUGCUUUAUCAAUUAAAUAAAAUGUGGCUGUGGGUUGUGAACUAGUCGUUUCAUUCGGGGAUGAUUUUUACCACUUAAUAAAUUCAACAGUCCUAGGUUGUUUUGAAUUAACAAUAGAUAGGUAUAAAUUUGAUAAAAUGUGUGUUUUAGGUAUUUUUUUGGCAUUUAGAAAAAAUUAUGAGAAAUUUCAUCAAAGGAUAGUGUAAUUAAAAAGGGGUGCAGAC